UUUGUCUUGCUUGGCAAGUUAACCAGACGUUUCCCUCAAUGCUCAACACCACAUUACAAUCAGAUAUAGCUAGCUGACGUUACAUGUGAUUCUGUAAUUUCAAACUAUCUUAGCUAUGUUGAUGGAUUGCUAAGCAAGUGUAUAUUUUGGGCACAUUUGGAAUACAAUGCCAUCUUCGAUGGAAGGAUCUUCUAGAGAAGGUGACCUGUUUACUGUGAAACAUGAGCUGAAAAAUGCCAACCUGACCGGCCACAUAGAGAGGGUGGGCAUCGAGAACUUUGAGCUGCUAAAGGUGCUGGGAACUGGAGCCUAUGGCAAGGUGUUCCUGGUGCGCAAAGUGAGCGGUCACAAUGCAGGGCAACUAUACGCCAUGAAGGUGUUGAAGAAGGCCACAAUAAUACAGAAGGCCAAGACAGCAGAGCACACACGCACAGAGAGACAGGUUCUGGAACACAUCAGGCAGUCACCGUUCCUCGUUACCCUCCACUACGCCUUCCAGACGGACACCAAGCUGCACCUCAUUCUAGAUUAUGUGAACGGUGGGGAGCUCUUCACACACCUGGUGCAGAGGGUUCGGUUCAAGGAGCAAGAGGUAGCUUUGUACAGUGGAGAGAUGGUGCUGGCACUGGAGCACCUACACCAGCUGGGGAUAGUCUACAGAGACCUGAAGCUGGAGAACAUCCUCAUGGACUCCAGCGGGCACAUAGUGCUCACAGACUUUGGCCUGAGCAAAGAGUUUGAUGAGUUGGAGAGGGCUUACUCUGUCUGUGGCACCAUUGAGUACAUGGCCCCAGAGAUCGCAGCGGGAGGAGAGGCUGGACAUGACAUGGCAGUAGACUGGUGGAGCCUUGGGGUAUUGAUGUAUGAACUUAUGACAGGCGGAUCACCAUUCACCGUCGAUGGAGACAACAACUCUCACACAGAUAUUGCCAAGAGGAUCUCAAAGAAGGACCCUCCGUUCCCCAAAGACAUGGGCCCUCUGGCCAAAGACCUCAUCCAGGGCCUCCUCAUCAAAGACCCAAAGAAGAGACUGGGCUCUGGGCCUGACGGAGCAGAAAACGUUAAGAAACAUCCAUUCUACCAGAAGAUUAACUGGGAGGACUUAGCAGCUAAGAGGGUGCCCGCCCCGUUCAAGCCGGUGAUCAGGGAUGAACUAGAUGUCAGCAACUUUGCGGAGGAGUUCACUGAAAUGGACCCCACCUACUCCCCUGCAGCUUUGCCUCAGAACUGUGACCGCAUCUUUCAGGGCUACUCGUUCAUGGCCCCCUCCAUCCUGUUCAAGUGGAACGCUGUAAUGGACGACACACUACAGCUGUGUGGAGGAUUAGGGUCACAGAGGCCGGGGUCUGCUGCUGUGGCCCGCAGCGCCAUGAUGAAGGACUCUCCGUUCUAUAUGAACUAUGAGAUGAACCUGAAGGACAAUGCUCUGGGCGAGGGCAGCUUCUCCAUCUGUAGGCAGUGCACCCACAAGAAGACUGGCCAGAAGUACGCUGUGAAAAUCGUCAGCAAGAGGAUGGAGGCCCAGACACAGAAAGAGAUUGCAGCUCUGAAGCUCUGCGACGGCCACCCCAACAUCGUCAAGACUCACGAGAUUUACCAUGAUCAGCUGCAUACGUACCUGGUGUUGGAGCUGCUGCGUGGUGGAGAGCUGCUGGAGAGGAUACAGAGGAAGCAGCACUUCAGUGAGACUGAGGCCAGCCGCAUCAUGAGGAGACUGGUGUCAGCCGUCAGCCACAUGCACGACGUAGGAGUGGUGCACAGGGACCUCAAGCCAGAGAACUUGCUGUUCACAGAUGAGAGUGAGAACUCUGAGAUAAAGAUCAUAGACUUUGGCUUCGCCCGGCUGAAGCCCCCAGACAACCAGCUGCUGAAGACGCCGUGUUUCACCCUGGCCUACGCCGCGCCGGAGAUCCUCAAAUACGACGGCUACGACGAGUCAUGUGACCUCUGGAGCCUGGGCGUCAUCCUGUACACCAUGCUGUCGGGUCAGGUGCCAUUCCAGUGUCAGGGGAAGAGUUUGACCCACACCAGCGCUGAAGAGAUCAUGAGGAAGAUUAAACAGGGAGACUUCUCCUUCGAGGGCGAGGCCUGGAGGAGUGUCUCGCAGCAGGCUAAGGACCUUAUACAAGAGCUGCUGACAGUGGACCCUGACAAGCGGAUCAAAAUGUGUGGUCUGAGGUACAACGCCUGGCUCCAAGACGACAGCCAGCUCUCCUCCAACCCUCUGAUGACACCAGACAUCCUGGGCUCCUCCACCACCGUGUCCGUACACACCUACGUCAAGGCUACCUUCAACGCAAUUCUUGUUGUUCUGCUUCUCCAGGCGUUCAACAAGUGUAAGCGGGAGGGUUUCCGUCUGCAGACGGUGGACAAGGCCCCGCUGGCCAAGAGGAGGAAGAUGAAGAAGACCAGCACCAGCACAGAGACCAGGAGCAGCUCCGGUGAGAGCACCCACUCCUCUUCCUCCUCCUCCCAGUCCCACCAGGACACCCACUCCUCUUCCUCCUCCUCCUCCCAGACCCACCAGGACACCCACUCCUCCUCCCAGACCCACCAGGACACCCACUCCUCCUCCUCCCAGACCCACCCGGACACCCACUCCUCUUCCUCCCAGACCCACCAGGUGAAGACGGGUGGAGAACCCAACCCUCCACCCCAGCCCUCCAACACCACCCCUGUCACGACACCCCUCGCCCUCGGCUCAGACAGCGACCCUGCCCCAGAACGCCCGCACCCUCCAGCCUUCCACUUCUCACAAUGAGAGACAGGCGGUGUAUUAAAAGGGGAUCACGGCUGAUUCGCUAAUCUUAAUUUGUAGGUCAGUCUUUCUGUGCGGUCACAUGCGGUCGAUCUCAAAACACGCACUGAGCGAGGGAAAAGAAGGCAGGGAGAAGGCCUGCACCGUCAGAAAGAUGGCUGGACGGACGGCAGGGAGACCCCUCUAUCGUUCUCUCCCUCUCUUGCUCUCCUUCCAUGGCAGCUCGCAGUCAAUCAGUCACACGCAUGGACAGCAAGCGCAUGCACGCCUCCAAAACUGAGCAUGCAGCGGGAGCAGGAACCACCUCUCGGUCAUUGCUAGCAGUAGACACACGCCAAAUGAUAAGGGCUGCUCUAUGGAUUCAGGGCUAGACAGCGGCGAGAACCCUCUACAACCACAACUCUGUUUCAGUCAUGUCUUUUUGUUUGUUGGUUUGUUAGUUUGUCAGGUUUAGUAGAUGGUCGUCCUGGUUGUUUCUUGGUCUCUUUUUUAUACUGGCAUGUUGCGUUAUUUUAAAAAUGAACCGCUAAGCCACAAGUACUGCAGCUUCUCACAUUGGGGUGAACCUCUGGUUUUUAAAGCGGAGCACAUAUAUUUUGCAGGAUUUUAUGUAUGACAAUAAUGCAGACCGAAAUUCUUUCUUCUUUUUGUGUUAACUUAUUAAUGGUUCACAGAUGUUUAUGAUAGAUGGAAAAGCUCAGACCACCAACCUGAGAUCUAGAACCCCCCCCCGAGAUCUAGAACACCCCCCCUGAGAUCUAGACCCAGUGUCACCUCAUUGCAAAACGUUUCAAUGGCAGGUUGAUGUUAUGUUUCAGGCCAAGUCAGUGUUUUGUUGUGGAUGACAAAUAGUAGGGUAGGAUCCUCAUAUACAUCAACUUAUCUUGAAGGUGGCAGGGGAGUUACAAGUACUGUGCCAAAAACCUCUGCCUUUUCUACAUUAGAUGCUGUCUCCUGCCCUUGUCUGUCUGUCUGUCUCUAACGUUUUAGAACACCUACUCAUUCAAGUGUUUUUCUUUUGACAAAUUUCUACAUUGUAGAAUAAUGGUGAAGACAUCAAAACUAUGAAAUAACACAAAUGGAAUCAUGUAGUAACCAAAAAAGUCUUCCAAAAAUGAAAAUAGAUUUUAUAUUGGAGAUUCUUCAUAUAGCCACCCUUUGCCUUUGACAGCUUUGCACACUUGGCAUUCUCUCAACCAGCUUCAUGAGGUAGUCACCUGGAAUGCAUUUCAAUUAACAGGUGUGCCUUAAAAGUUAAUUUGUGGAAUUUAUUUCCUUAAUGAGCCAAUCAGUUGUGUUGUGACAAGGUAGGGGUGGUAUACAGAAGAGAGCCCUGUUUAGUAAAAUACCAAGUCCAUAUUAUGGCAAAAACUGCUCAAAUAAGCAAAUAGAAAUGACAGUCUGACUGACCGUCAUGUCUUAAAGUAACAAUCUGGAAAUUUCAAGAACUUGAAAGUUUAAGUGCAAUCGCAGAAACCAUUAUAGCGCUAUGAUGAAACUGGCUCUCAUGAGGACAGGAAUGGGAGACCUAGAGUUACCUCUGCUGCAGAGGAGAAGUUCAUUAGUUACCAGCCUCAGAAAUUGCAGCCCAAAUAAAGUCUUCAAGAGUUCAAGUAACGGACGCAUCUCAACAUCAACUGUUCAGAGGAGACUGCGUUAAUCAGGCCUUCGUGGUCAAAUUGCAGCAAAGAAACCACUACUGAAGGACACCAGUAAUAAGAAGAUACUUGCUUGGGCCAAGAAACACGAGCAAUGGACAUUAGAAUGGUAGAAUCUGUCCUUUUCCAUGAGUCCAAAUUAGAGAUUUUUGGUUCCAACCGCUGUGUCUUGGUGAGACGCAGAGUAGGUGAACGGAUGAUCUCUGCAUGAGAAUUUCCCACUGUGAAGCAUGGAGGAAGUGGUGUGGGGGUGCUUUGCUGGUGACACUGUCUGAUUUAGUUUUGAAUUCAAAGCACACUUAAACAGCAUUGCUUCCACAGCAUUCUGUAGUGAUACGCCGUCCCAUCUGUUUUGCGCUUAGUGGGACUAUUAUUUGUGUUUCAACAGGGCAAUGACCCUACACACCUCCAGGUUGUGUAAGGGCUAUUUGACCAAGAAAAAGAGUGAGUGUUGUAUUAGAUGACCUGAGAUGGUUUGCGAUGAGGUGGACCGCAGAGUGAAGGAAAAGCAGCCAACAAGUGCUCAGCAUAUUUAUUUAUUUUAAUUUGACCUUUAUUUAACUAGGCAAGUCUGUGGUUUGAAGAACCCAGAAUGACCUUGUCAGCUCGGUGAUAUGAACUUGCAACCUUUUGGUUACAAGUCCAACGCUCUAACCACUAGGCUACCCUGCCGUGUGGCUAUAUGUGGGAACUUCUUCAAGACAGUUGGAAAAGCAUUCCAGGUGAAGCUGGUUGAGAGAAUGCCAGGACUGUGCAAAGGGUGGCUAUUUUGAAGAAUCUCAAAUAUAAAAUAUACUUUGAUUUAAGUUUUUUUGGGGGGUUACAGUAUGAUUUCAUGUGUUAUUUCAUAGUUUUAAUGUCUUUGCUAUUAAUCUUCAAAAUAGAAAAUAGUAAAAAUAAAGAAGAACCCUUGAAUGAGUAGGUGUGUCCAAUCUUGACUGGUACUGUGUCUGGCUCUGCUUCAGACUACUACAAACAGUUCACUGGUUGCUAUUUUUCUAGAAACAUAAAUGAAUCUCCUUUCAUCAUGUCUUUCUCUGUAUUCUAGUGCUGCAGGACUGAGAUAAUGGUUGGUUGGCGUUCUUGGGACACGCACUGUGGUUUGAACUCUUGUGAUGCACAUCUUGACAUGUUGCUUUGCGAAGAGCGCCUCGACUUGGCUUUCUUUAUCUACUUGAGUAUUUAGAAACGGCAUUCUGUGGAAACACACUUUUAGGUAGCGACCUGUUAAGGUCUGCAUGCGAUGUUUCCUUUCUAUGCAAGUACUCACGUUUCCCCAUCCGGAUCAUAUUGGUGAGGAUACUUCAUGUCUGAAUAUAUGUAUGACACUGUCUGACUGUCAGAUGUGAGAACUUGUUUAUUUCUAGACAACGGGGCGCAGGGACUUUUCAGCUUGCUUUUCGGAUUGAGGGCUUCAUUUGAACUCAGUUCAUGCUGAAACCAUAAAUAUAUAUUAUUGCUCUCCCCAUUUCAUGCAGUCCACUCCAAAAAAGGUCUGAACCUAUAGCUUGAUAUGUCAACAGGGAACACUGUUUACACACACACACACACCUGCACUUCUCAGUUUAAUUGACUAAAAGGCUGAACCCUAGAAGCUAAAUAGUACAAAGCUCUUCUCUCCUCCUGACUUCAUUCUGCAUGAGUUCCCGCCCUCCUUCUUUUCUGCCCCAUUAAACCUAAAGUUGUGUGGGUCUAUUAAUAGACUAGAGAGCACAACCCACAGAAGAGGGGAAGCAGGGGAUGGGAGGACCGGAAGAGAGGGUGAGGGGGGGGGUGUUAAGGAGAACGGAAGGGAGGAGAGGAAGGAGUGUGUCCUAUUUUGAACUCUCCUUUGGGAGUUGAGAGUCUGCUGUAGUGCUGGCCUGUUUGUUCCAGAAAGGGAAAUGCUCCGCUCUCUCUUGUGGUUUCGUGUCAUUUUAGGUCAGACUCGCUCCAAGCUGACUUGUCUUUUUAUUAACAUCAUCUUCACACCCAAAAGUUUUUGUUCCCAAUUUAAUUAGUGAUGUGCAUCCUCACUCAAUAGCUAUGCUAUUUUGAAAUAAGCCCCCCCCCCCCUGUUGCCAGGUGAGUCCUGUGGCUGCUCAACUCUGAGGGCUGAGGCACUUGGUUUUCUCCCAUCCCACUACAUGCAAUGCUAUUGGUGGUACAGACAGACACAUCCCACAUUGUCGUGGGCAUGGUUCUCUGGAGCAUGUCUUCCUGACAGUACUGUAGUGGUGGGUCCUUUCAAUAGACUAUAUCUGAAAUAUCCAACCUUCUAACAUGCAAAUCAUCUUUAAUAUUAUCGACCUUUGCACUUUUGAUAUAUAUAUUUUUUACAAUGUUUUUUUUGGUGUGUGGGGCUGGGGGGAUUCAAUUGAUGGUUUGUUCACAGUAGAUAAUUGUCCUCCAAAUUUGGAAUGGAACAUCAGUCAACGUAAUUUAUGACACUACUGCUUACCCCUUUAGUUACUGCAAGGGCAUACGUAGCCUAGCCAUCACUGUGAACACAAUAUCUGUGUGUUUGGUCCAUUUGACAUGCGGUAUAUGGUUUGGUCACUUAAUACACCAUCAUUCAGGUGUGCAGGCCAGCCAAACCAUGGAUGUUCUCCGAUACGGCAUUAUGUUAUGAACUGAAGAGCAUAGCGGUGUUCUGGGUCUUUUUCUAUGUUGUCUACCCAUGUAAAAUUAUGGUGUGUGUGUGUGUAUAUGCGCUGUUGUUCGCUGUGAAUCCGGUCCUAUUGUUUUAGUCCUGUUAAAAUAGAUGAAUCUUACAUGCAACUUAAAUUAGAAAAUUAUUUGAAUACAACUGAGAUGUUGUUUAUGUGAUUUGGUUUGAUCCCGAGUUUCGUAAGAGAAGAUUUCCUGGGGCUGUUCUAAUUCUGAACUCUACAAGGGACAUUUUCUUACUUCAAAAACGAGAAAUCAUGAAAACAACACCUGUGCAUUUGAUUUGAAUAGCUUUAGCAUCAUAGAACAUGUAUUUAUUUACAUUUGUGUUGUCUAUCAAAAUAAAAUGUAAUUCCUUUUUGUAUUUUUAUUUGAAAGUUAACUGUAAAUUAAGUUAAGCAAAGGGCACUCCGUAGUUUUAAGAUGACAUGUCCAUCGGCAGCCACAAGAGGGCAGCGUUGACCAGCUCCUGGCUCUAAUGAACUGGUACUGAGGGACCAUCCUAAUUCUCUUCUCUGUAGCUCAUUAUCCAUUCACUGUGCAACAUUAGUGACUAUAUAUUUUAUAUUUAUCCACAGAAAAAGGCUUUAAGAAAAUAUUUGGAAGAAGUUAUUUCAUGGCUAUAUCAAAUCUGUAAAUUUUAUCUAGCUGGGCUAGAAAUUAUAUUUGUGUUAAGAGUCAUAGAAGUUAGGUAGAUGCGUGUACAUUUAAGAAAUAACUAAAAUAAUAACCGUAUUUUUCUUUCUGUCCUAAUGCUGUAAAUACUGUAAUUAUGCUACGCCAUAAGAUUCUAAACGGUAUGACUUUUAAAAAAUAUAUAUAAUUCAACUGCAUUGGAUACAAUGCAGUGGGUUGUCUUGAAAUGCGAACUUUUACAGAGGGAGAAUGACAUUGAAUACUAAUAAGAGGUUGUUGUUUUUUUAAGCUGUGUUUCAAACGAUAAAUUUUGAUGUGAUUUCUACUGUAUUUUGUUUUGUCAGGAAAAUAAGGUUAACGUUUUGUGUGUGACCCUUGUAUUGCAUUGUUUUGGGUGAGAACGAGUUGAAUCAACUCGCAUAUUAUCAUUGGAAGGGAGUGUGUUUUGUUUUGUAAACCAAUCCUGUUGGUAUUGCUUGUUUGUGGUUUGUUUAAUAUAUCUGUUUAAAUAAAUGUUUAUCAAAAAAACGU